AUGGAUUGGAUACGAGAAGAAAAGACAUGCCGGCUAAACACAAGAUUUGGCAUCAAGAGUGACAAUAGUCCAGUGACUAAAGACCACAUCUUUCAUGUCGAACGGGAAAGUUUUCCAACGCACUUGGCGGGAAAUUGUCUGAACCAUUCCUGCACUGAGGAUGAAAUCUGUAUUGCUGGUAAAUGUGUUCCGGCUUUAGAAGAAAAAAUUUAUAAAGACUGUUCAGAUAUUGUAAAAAGAGACCCAAGCAAGAAAGGACAAAAUGGGGUGUAUGUUAUUUACCCUGACACCAGGAGAGAGGUCUUCUGUGACAUGACGACAGAUGAAGGAGGGUGGACGGUCAUUCAGAAACGCCAGGAUGGUGACGUCGAUUUCUACAGGAAAUGGAAAAAGUAUAAACACGGAUUUGGGAAUGCAACUAAAAACUAUUGGAUAGGGAAUGAUGCAAUCCACGCCUUAACAAGGGAUAAAAACCAAGAACUCCGAAUUGAUCUCCAGAGUUAUAACGGAGAGCAGGUCUAUGCUGUGUAUACCACAUUUUACAUCGGAGAUGAAAACAAUAAAUAUACCCUUACAGUAUCUGGGUAUAGCGGAACAGCGGGUAACAGUUUAAAGUAUCACAAUGGUAUGAAGUUCAGUACAAAGGAUCAGGACAACGACAAAUGGGGUAUCGUUGACUGUGCUAAAGCACGACACGGAGGGUGGUGGUACAGGGCCUGUGACCGCUCAAACCUGAACGGAGAGUACGCCACAUCUGCUGAGAUUGGUGAAGAAUACCCGGUAUGGGAUUACUGGAGGGGUAAAGAAGCGUUACAAAAGACUGUGAUGAUGAUUAGAUACAAAAACUAG